AUGUCUGAAUCAAUCACUAUUACAAUCAAGUCGUCGGGUGAUAAAAAAUACGAAGUCACAUUUGAUCCGCUGAUCACUGUUUCUCAGUUAAAAGAGUUGGUCGCUGAAAAGUCUGACAUACCUGCUGGUAGUCAAAGAUUGAUUUACUCAGGAAAGGUGUUGAAGGAUACCGAAACUGUUACAUCUUACAAAGUGCAAAACGGACACACUAUACACUUGGUUAAGAGUGCUGCUGCUGCUACUUCCACUGGUGCUGCUACCACUGCAGCAGCUCCACAGCAGUCAACAGCUAACCAACUGUCUAGUACUCCAGCUAAUGCUUCAGUUCCAUCAAACAUAGCAGCGGGCCAAGGUUCAUUCAACCCUCUAGCUGACUUGACUGGAGCACGUUAUGCAGGCUAUUCCCAAUUGCCAUCAGCAUCUAUGUUUGGACCAGAUGGGGGCAUGAACAGCAACAUACCGGACCCUGAGCAAUUGAACUCGAUGAUGUCGAAUCCCCUUGUCCAACAACAAAUGCAAGCAAUGUUAUCAGACCCUCAAAUGCUAGAUUUUAUGAUCCAACAAAAUCCCCAAUUGAGAGCUAUGGGUCCUGAGGUCAGACAAAUGUUACAAAGUCCAUUCUUUAGACAAAUGAUGUCGAACCCGGAAAUGCUAAGAAGUAUGAUGCAGAUGGGAAGAGGUAAUGCGGAGCAAACUAAUGCCUUCCCUGCGCCAGGUGCUAACCCUACUACUGGUGAAAGCAGCAAUAGCGGGGAGACUACAGCAACCCCUGCUAACCCAUUUGCCAAUUUGUUUCCUAAUGGAAUCCCGCCAAUUAACCCUCUGGCAUUGUUUGGAGGUGCUGCACCUGCUGCUGCUGCUGCUCCAGCUGACAACAGACCACCAGAAGAAAGAUACGAAAACCAAUUGAGACAAUUGAACGAUAUGGGAUUUUACGAUUUUGAUAGAAAUGUAGAAGCUUUGAGAAGAACUGGUGGUAGUGUUCAAGGUGCAAUUGAGUAUUUAUUAGGCGGUAACUAG